CUCUGCCUCUGCCUGGGCGCUCAAUCAGAUGGCCCCGUGCAACGGAUGUCCCCGCCGUACCACUGAUGCCCACGGCCAGGCAGUCAGGGAGACGGGGUUACGGAGGUUCAAUAGUGGCGGAGAUAGGCCCCGGGGUGUGGGAGCGAGAUUUUGGAGGGAUCGCGAAGGCUGCCUGCCCGUCUAUCGUUCAAUCCCUCUUAUAUCCGUCGGCGGGACUGUCUCGUCUCGUCUUUUCCUUCCUCCUGUCGCUGAUUGGCACUGUCGUGGUGAUUUCCCCUGCAAGAGCAUACUAGCCCCGCCACUCUUAGGGCCCUAAUCGCUUCGUCGCGGUGUCAAAUCGCUCUCCAUCCCAUAUAUCUACCUCCGAGCGGUGACUCGAUCUCAUCUUGCUCAUUUCUUCGUCGACACGCAGACUCACUCGCGCACUAGCUCCGACUCUAGGAUCUAGAUCUUCGGCGUCGCCUCUUGUCUCACCAUGUCCGGCGUCAACAAUGAUGCCGAAUAUAAGUUCAAGCAGCAGCUUGGAGAGGGCUGCCAUGCUCUCGUCGACGGAUAUGGCACGUCCUACGGCUACACGCCCUCGCUGGCCGCGGGCAUUGUUUUCUGCUCCCUCUUCGGAGUCUCGAUGCUCAUCCACUUCGCACAGAUGGUGUGGAAGAGGCAGUGGUGGUGCAUCGUGUUUAUCCUAGGAUGCAUCACGGAACUCCUGGGCUGGGGAGCGCGCACCUGGUCUGCUGAAUGUCCCUACAACGGGAACGCCUUUCUCAUGCAGAUUUCCACGCUGAUCAUCGCCCCGACCUUCUUCACGGCGGGUAUUUACGUGAUCCUGGGCCGUUUCAUCCAUCUUUUGGGCCCGGAAACCUCAAUUUUGAGCCCCAAACUCUAUCUCUGGAUCUUCGUGACCUGCGACGUCGUCUCAUUGGUCGUCCAGGCCGUGGGCGGCGGCAUGGCCUCCAUCGAGGUCAACAAGGUCAACGGCAACACCGCUCCAGGCACCCACACCAUGGUCGCCGGUAUCGUCUUCCAGCUGGUCUCCAUCACCGUCUUCGUCUUUUUCGCCGCCGACUUCGUCCGCCGCACCCUGCGCAUGCGCGUCCUGCAGACCAUGACCACGACCGUCGUCCCGCUCCUCUGCGCCAUGAUCUUCUCCAUCCUCUGCAUCUACGUCCGCAGCAUCUACCGAACCAUCGAGCUGUCGCAGGGCUGGUCCGGCUACCUGAUCACCCACCAGGUCUACUUCAUCGUCCUCGACGGCGCCAUGAUGGUCCUCGCCGUCGGCAUCUUCAACGUCUUCCACCCGGGCUGGCUGCUGCCCAAGUCUACCGUGAAACCGUUUCACGAACAGAUUCACUCCCCCGGCGCUACGGAGAUGCAGUUUAUCUAGAUUCUAGACCCUUUCCCCCCCUCUGUCUGUUUCCUUUUCUCUGGUCAUAUAAUAUAUCCCGAUCUUCGUUUGCCCCACAAUCACACCCCCUUCUUCCUCGAUUUCCAUGUUUCGGGUUUCAGGACGGCGGGGCCGUAGGGUAGGGUAGGGCCCGUGUCUCAUUGACUGAUCGGCUGAUUGAUGGAGUGUAUUUGAUAUCAACGCAGCGUUGGCUUGAUUGAUUCAUUCAUUGAUAGAUUCGGUUGUGGUUUGGCUUGCUUCGAUCUGGUUGUUGGACAAUAGAUAGAUAAU